AGUUCAGACGCCGCUGAGCUCAGCGGGGCCCCAGCGGGGGAUGCGGGGGGCUCUGCAGCAGCACCAGAGAUUAGCGGGACAUCUCGCAUUGCAGGCAGGGGCGAACAGGAAAUAGGUCCCGGCUUGGAAAGGCACUGGGAUGAGGAGGAGGAAUUGGGUUUACAAACAGAGAGUUGGGCUGUUGAUGCAGCGCUUGACUCAAGCCCAGAGGAUGAGCCGGUGCUGCAGUCGUGACCGAGGUUUAUGGCUCAGUGGUAGAGGCUGCGGUGCUCUGGUUCCCUGUGUCUCUGUUUACAUGCGGGUCUUGCAGCCCUCGGAGAAGGGGACAGGACUUUAAAUAGCGCUAACGCUUUCUUGAGGGCAGACACUGCAAGUUUUUAUGUGUGAGAAACAGCCCCUACAGCAGACUUUGUGAAAUUCAGAGUCUGCUACAAGUUCAUUGAAAAGGAACAGAAUGGCUGCAAAGGAGAAGUUGGAGGCAGUGUUAAAUGUGGCCCUGAGGGUCCCAAGCAUCAUGCUCUUGGAUGUCUUGUACAGAUGGGAUGUCAGCUCCUUCUUCCAGCAGAUCCAAAGGAGUAGCCUCAACAACAAUCCCCUUUUCCAGUACAAGUACUUGGCCCUCAACAUGCACUAUGUGGGUUACAUCUUAAGUGUUGUGCUCCUAACCUUACCUAGACAGCACCUGGUUCAGCUCUACCUGUACUUUCUGACUGCACUGCUGCUGUAUGCUGGGCACCAAAUCUCCAGGGAUUAUGUUAAGAGUGAGCUGGAGUCGGGAUAUGAAGGGCCAAUGUAUUUAGAACCUCUCUCCAUGAAUCGUUUCAUGACCGCCUUAAUAGGUCAGCUGGUGGUAUGCACCCUGUGCUCCUGCGUCAUGAAAACCAAACAGAUCUGGCUCUUUUCUGCUCACAUGCUCCCUCUGCUGGCACGGCUGUGCCUCGUCCCUCUGGAAACCAUUGUCGUCAUCAACAAAUUUGCCAUGAUUUUCACUGGCUUGGAAGUGCUCUAUUUUCUGGCAUCAAAUCUUCUAGUACCAUAUAAUCUUGCGAAAUCUGCAUACCGAGAGCUUGUCCAGGUAGUGGAGGUGUACGGUCUCCUGGCAUUGGGGAUGUCUCUGUGGAACCAGCUGGUGGUCCCCGUUCUGUUCAUGGUGUUCUGGCUUGUCUUAUUUGCUCUUCAAAUCUACUCUUAUUUCAGCACACGAGAUCAGCCCGCCUCAAGAGAGAGGCUUCUCUUCCUCUUUCUGACAAGCAUUGCAGAAUGUUGCAGCACUCCAUAUUCACUCCUGGGAUUGGUGUUCACGGUCUCCUUUGUUGCUUUGGGAGUUUUGACUCUCUGCAAGUUUUACUUGCAGGGCUACCGAGCGUUCAUGAAUGACCCAGCUAUGAACAGGGGGAUGACAGAAGGAGUCACUCUCCUGAUCUUGGCCGUGCAGACUGGUUUAAUCGAGCUUCAAGUUGUCCAUCGGGCAUUCCUGCUUAGUAUUAUUCUCUUCAUUGUGGUAGCAUCCAUCCUUCAGUCCAUGUUGGAGAUUGCUGAUCCCAUUGUUCUGGCACUGGGAGCUUCAAGGGACAAGAGCCUGUGGAAGCAUUUCCGUGCAGUCAGCCUGUGCUUGUUCUUGCUAGUGUUCCCAGCAUACAUGGCCUACAUGAUUUGUCAGUUUUUCCACAUGGAUUUCUGGCUGCUGAUCAUUAUCUCUAGCAGUAUUCUAACCUCCCUCCAGGUGCUUGGAACACUUUUCAUUUAUGUGUUGUUUAUGGUUGAGGAGUUCAGAAAAGAGCCAGUAGAAAAUAUGGACGAUGUAAUUUACUAUGUAAACGGCACAUACCGGCUGCUGGAAUUCCUCGUGGCUCUCUGCGUCGUGGCAUACGGCGUCUCGGAGACUAUCUUUGGAGAAUGGACUGUGAUGGGCUCAAUGAUAAUCUUCAUCCACUCCUAUUACAAUGUGUGGCUCCGGGCCCAGCUGGGGUGGAAAAGUUUUCUUCUCCGCAGGGAUGCUGUGAAUAAGAUCAAAUCGCUGCCCACUGCCACAGAGGAGCAGCUGGAGCAACACAAUGAUAUCUGUGCCAUCUGCUACCAGGACAUGAAAUCUGCUGUGAUCACACCAUGCAGCCAUUUCUUUCAUUCUGGUUGUCUUAAGAAAUGGCUGUAUGUGCAAGAGACCUGUCCUUUGUGCCACUGUCAACUUAAAAACCCCUCGCAGCCACCAGGACUGGCACCAGAGCCAGCUCCACAGCCAAACCCUGGAGCAGAGCAAAAUACUGGUCAUCAAGAAGCAACUGAACAUCUUGGUGUUGAACACCAGGAGGAGAGAAAUCUAAAAGAGAGCCCUAGUGAUCGUAACGGACAAGUGGCUGAAGGGCCAGAUCACCAGGAGCACUCUCAGGAUGCCAAGAAUGAUUCUCAGAAUCUGGAUUGUGACACGUGUCCGUCUGAGGCCAGCCAGGGGGAGAUUAUUGUGGAGGAACCGAUUGGAGGCCAGGAGGAGGUUCUCACUCAGGACCCGAGACUUUCUAUCCAGUUCUGAAGUGGCAGAAGAUGAUGUAGGAACAGACCCAUGUCAGAGACCCGUGCCUGACUCAGCAGAGCGAACUUACCCUUCCACAGUUGUGAAAAAGUUUAGCAAUUAAUGCUGGUCGAAAUGUAAAAUCCCAUGCUGAUUUUUGUGGGCUGCCUGGUAGAGGCAAUUCCAAGGCGAUUCAACAGAGAUGACUUCAGAAACUGCUUCUGAACUGCAAGGGAGGGAGAAACUGGAAACAAAUGACAUGGACAUAGAGUAUUUUCACGGGGCGGGUGAAGGGGAAGGAGGAGAAGUAGGGGGGUGUGAGGUGCGAAAGAAACACAACCAUUAGCUUGUGUUUGGGGUGGGGAGGAAGAAUCACACUGAACCAUGUCCCAGGGUACCAGUGAGAGAUGCUCGAAUGCUUUGGCCUGUUUUUCUGCAUUGACUGGAGCGCAGCCAUGAUUACUGACAAAAUUUUGUACAGCACUGAAGCCAAAAUCAAAGAUGUAACAGCAUUGAUUGUAUUGGAAGAUGGAAGCACUCUAAUACAUUGCGUGUAUGCAUUGGGUAUUUUUGGUGGGGCAAUUACAUUUGCAUUCAUGUAAUCUAUAGUGACUCUUGACUUUUAUGACGGAGUCUUCAAUAUUUUGAUGUAUAUGAAACUUUUGUUAAUAUAUUAUGCACAGUAUGGGCCAUGUGAAGUAAACUAAAGCUCUAAUGAACACUUUGCCCUUCACUGCAAAGUGCAGGAGAGAGUGGGAUGAGUUUUAGGGCACAGAUAGCGGCCUUGCAAUACUGUUUGAUCCUGUGUAAUGUCUAAUUCUUGCAGCUGAAUUGAAACAGUGUUAAACUCUGGCAAUAUUUGCACUUUGGGAAUGAGUACAGAAACAUGUAUGAUCAAACGCCGCAAAUGCCACUUUUAAAGCUGUUAAUAGAAUUUGCACCUUUAUUCUUUGACACGCAUGUGUCCAUACUUAAAUUUUUACAUUCAUCACGGCUUCAGAUAGAACUAGGGAUGGGAGGGGGGAGUGGGGGCAGGAAAUUUUUUAUGUGAAUUUUGAUAUGAAAAGAAACUAGUCACUUAUUUAUACAAUAGGCUUGGCUCUGAAGUGUUUUUUUCAAAAUUGGUAUUCUUAACGUGAAAUGUGAUAUGAUUUUAUUUUUAGUAGUAAAUUUGGAUGUAGACGAACAGACAUAGCUGAAUGUCUUAAUAAAUUACAUUUGAAGAUUUUUA